UAUUACUUGAUGUAUGAUUUAUUGUUGUUAUGUAGCAUGUAAUCCGCCGCCACCGGGUGCUUUUUCACGUUAUUCCACGGGUUAACUCCUGCUAACUCCGCCUACCGUGAGCCCCGAGGUGUACCCUGGUGAGAAUAUCGAGUGCAACCCCAGAAGCAGAGCUGUGUUUACGUCGUGUAGCAUCCUAAAGUCAUCUGACAGGAAUGGCAGACGAGUCUCUCUUUGACUUUCUCCAUAUGGAGAUGGUGUCACAUAUCUACACGGAGCAGCAAUCCGGUAAAGGAGAGAUGGACAACAAGGACCGAGCUGUCUGUGUUUCUGUCCUUGAAAGCAUGGGCUUCCGGGUGGGACAAGGACUCAUUGAGAGGUUGACCAGGGACUCUCCUAGCUUCAAGGAUGAGUUGGAUGUAAUGAAGUUCGUCUGUAAAGACUUCUGGACGAAGGUGUUCAGGAGGCAGGUUGACAACCUUAGAACAAACCAUCAGGGUACCUAUGUCCUGCAGGACAACAAGUUUUCUCUGCUGACUCAGCUCUCAAAUGGAAAACAGUACCUGGAUCAGGCUCCUAAGUACCUCGCUUUUUCAUGUGGCGUGGUGAGAGGAGCUCUGACUAACCUUGGUCUGGACAGCGUGGUGACAGCUGAGGUCUCUGUUAUGCCAUCCUGUAAAUUCCAAGUGGUGGUCCAGAAGUUGUGACCUGAUCAUCCCUGCUACCCUCUGGAGCUGAUGAACAGGGCCCUGUGGGGUUCUGUUAAUCCUAGAGAGAGGAUCGUAGUUCCUGCACAGCCACAGAGGGAAUCAAACACCACACCUGAUUUCCACAUCUGGGUCAAACAGGACUAGCCAGGUUCUGCUGACAACCAGGUACCCGUGACCGGGCUUAGCCAGAGCUAACCUUUGACUUGUCGUACUCACACACACACACAGAACAAGAUUAGUUUUAUUCCUGUUGCAUUUCGAUGGUUUUGAUCACAAGUCUAUUUCCCAUUUAAGUGUGUAUGAUGUUCUCAACUUUAGUUUUCACUAGAUAAGUGGGGCCUAGCCCUGACAGACCUCACUUGGCCGAGCUUUGAAAAGAAAUAUUGACUGUCAGUGAUGUGAAUACAAUAAUGUGAAUGUAUAGUAAAUCACAAGGUAAUUUAAUAUUCUUUGUUAUGUGUUACAAUGUCAAGUGCCGAAACUGAGAGGACUGACUAAGCAAUCAUUGAAAAUGAAAAAUAAUAUAGGAUAAGACAUCAACUGCCAUACCAUCUCUUUUAACAUCCAUCCAGAUAAUAGCUAGUAAGGCUCUGAAAACUAUUACACCUGGCACAUCAGAUUCAUUAUUCAAUACUUGUUUCUCUGCAGACACGCUGAAUCUGUAACUAGUUCCUGGUGCUUUUCUCUGCCUCGUAGCAGAUUGCCUUUAGGAGCUGGCUGUUUCAUGUACAGUAUGCUGGUGGUCUUUUAAAUUUCCCCUUCAUUUUAAGGCAAAAUGUAAAUCUAGAAUGAGUCAUUGGUUCAGCACCUUUAGUCUAAUUAUGAUCUAUUAAUAGAUGUGAUAACAGUUUCACUUCUGUUCCUCUGUCGUGGUAUCACAUUUCAGAUGAGCUGACUACUCAAACUGGGUUUACAGAUUAUUAUUUUUGUACCAAAAUGUACAUUUUUGUCCUUUUUGUACAGCUAUGUGUAGUAUUGAGAUUAUCCAAGCAUACAGAAAGCCUCAAAUGUGACUGAAUUGUGUUGUUGUUGUUGGCUUUGAAAUCAUUUCACAUGGACUUCUGGGUUACAUUUGUUAAUGACAUUUUGCUUUGUAUAAAAGAGCUCAAAUAUGAAUCUUAAAACUGCGAGGCUGUGCUGUUUGAUUUAUUAUUUAAUUUUCUCAACUUACUAAUGAAUAAUAAUGUUGUGACAAGAACACCGCAAAAACAAGGCCUGUUGAGUAAGAAAAGACAACACACUGAACACAAUGAUGCAGCGAUAAAAGAAAUUCACUUCACUGGUGGAUGCUGUUGCCUCUUUGUGCCACUAGAGGGACACAUAGAGCUGUCAUUAUUUUCACAUCUGGUGCUUUACCCAUUUGGCAAGUUCUGUCCAAUGUCUGCUCGUCUCUUUUCUCGUGCUCUCAAAUCUUGGUUGUACAGUGCCAUGAGGAACAACUCCUUGUGUAUUUAUUCUCGCAAUGUUCUGUGCAACAAAAUAAUCUCUAACAAUUAUUCAAAAAUGUUUGUUAGAUCACAAUUUCUUCCAUGAAUUAUUCAAAUAUUUGUUAUUGAUACAAUUAUUUGAAGAUAACACAAGAUAUGUACAUGCCCAUUGCAUAUUCUAUUUAACAUGUAUGGUAUUUUAAUUCAUAAAAAUAUUCUUUUUUCACGUUGACUUAAAAAAAAAUAAUGUACCAAGAAUUCAAGACUUGUUCACACUAUUUCGUGGCACUGUAAAAAACAAAAUACACAUUGAAGAGAACUUUUUAGUUCCAAUGUAAAUGUGUUACCUUACCUUUUCUCUUUUUUAUUACUGCUCUGAGAAACAAUUCCCUGUGUGCACUAGCAACAGCAGUUCCGUUUCCCAUCAUCCCUGCUUAAGUUAUUAAUAUUUCUUUCAUGUUGUUGAUCCAUAUCAUGAGCUUGGUAUUAGGAGGUUCUACUGUAUGUGGGUGUACUACACUUAUGAGAUACUCAGUAUAAAAGUUUCGUCCCAGCAAGCUAGACUGGAACUUCAGUUUUCAAGAAAACAAUGGUCGAUCUGUUUACAAUCAUUUUUCCCAGGUUCUGUAAAAUUCAGAUUCAGUACAAUAUUUUACGCUUUAGAUAUUAAUCCUCUGUAUUUUCAUUAUAGUUGCAUUUUGGUAUGGCACCACAUGGACGUUAUUGCUCUAGUUGAUGGAUUAUGGUGCUCAUCCUGCUUUUAUUUUUGUCUCUGUUAUAAUAAAGUAUCCCUGAUUUGUUCCAGUA